CAUUUAAAGCAAGACCGAAAGGAAAACGCCAGCGCGCUCAGAAUGAAGACUUGAAUCUCGAGAGAAUUUUAUUUUUGUUUGUUUGUGUUUUUCAUGUAAGGACUAUUUCAGGAAUCUGCAAAUAUUAAAAAACCAGGAAAGAAAAGAAAGUGCCGUCCGGCGUCGCUCUCCGUGUGUGUCAGCGCGCUGAGGUAUCCUGGAUGAGCGCAAAGUGUCAGCUUCAGCACCCGAGGAGAGGACAGCUCCGCUCUGUCUGCUCCUUUUUGGACCUCCAGUCCAAAAACUCUCCUUCGGCUUCUGAUGUCCACACUUGGAGUUUGACACUGUGCGCCCCAUACAAGCCGGGAAGAAGUGUAAAAGGAAGAUCCAGUGACGGAGAGAGCCGCGACCGACUGUGUGCUCAAUAUGUACCAGGGGCAUUUACAGAGGGACCCAGCUAUUGUUUGCGGCUUCUCUCUGAAGCUAAGAGGAAAACAUGAAAGAGGUGAGACGCUAGAGGGGAAAGACUCUAGGGCUGCAGAUAAGACUGUUGCCAUGGUCCUGAAGGAGAUACCAAGUAAGGCGUCAUCAGAAGGGAAGCCCCUCCUCACAGUGACUACAAAGCUGGUGAGCGAGCAACAAGAGAGCCGCCCGCUUCUAAGCCCUUCUAUCGACGAUUUCCUCUGCGAGACCAAGUGCGAUGGGGUUUCCCGCCCAGUUACUUCCAACACAGCCGUUCUCUCUUCAACUCUGGACCUGCUAGAUCUCAGCGAACCUGGAGAGAGGAGGAACAGCAGGGACAGAAAGAGUGCCCUGUUAUCCCAGGGAGACAGCCAGAAGAACACCUCACACAGGAAAAAGACAGAUGAGACAGAGCUGAUCCAGGUGGAAGUUGAACAUACGGCACCAAGCAUGCGAACCCCAGAGAGGGCAUCACUGGACUCAGUUACAAUUGGCUCACUGGAUAAAUGGGAAGAAUUGAAUCCCAACCCUGAAAGAAAUGGCAACAGAAAAUGGAAGCUGGAGAGACGACGUUCUUCUAAAAAUUCAUCUAAUGAGUUUCUGUGGUCCAUAGAUUGUAAACCACAGAUAGACUCGUCAAAUAAGAAUACCCUGGAAGCAAACACCAAACUGGAACCAGAGUCUGCACUGGCGUCACAACUCAACAGGCAGUAUAUUAGUGGAAGACAUGCUCGCUUAACGAAGGAGCAGCGGUGGGGGAGCGCGCUGCUGUCCAGACAUCAGUCCCUGGAGGAGGAGUUUGAGCGGGCCAAGGCUGCUGUUGAGUCAGAUACCGAGUUCUGGGAUAAGAUGCAGGCAGAGUGGGAAGAGCUGGCUCGGCGAAACUGGCUGACGGAAAACGAGCAGGCACAGAUUCCCUCCACUGUGUCUCCGUACGAGAAGGGUUACUACUUCCACACAGAUAAUCCUUAUAAGGACUUGCCUAAUGCAUUCGAAGAGGGACUGAAGAAAUCCCGAGAGGGAGACUUGCCAAACGCUGUGCUUUUGCUUGAAGCAGCUGUCCUACAGGACCCUCACGAUUCAGAGGCCUGGCAAGUCCUGGGGACCACCCAGGCUGAAAAUGAGAACGAGCAGGCAGCGAUUGUCUCCCUCCAGAGGUGUUUGGAGCUCCACCCAAACAACCUUAUAGCCCUCUUGGCUCUGGCAGUGAGCCUGACCAACACUGGUAUGCGCCAUGAUGCCUGUGAGGCCCUCCUCCGCUGGCUGAGACACAAUCCCAAGUACAAGCAUCUUGUCAAAGGCAAGACUCAUCUAACGGGAUCUCCAAACUCCCAGCGCAGGAUGUCUCAUGCUCCCAACCUGGGCAGACAUGAAAGCUCCCUGCUACCAGAGGUCAAGGAGCUCUACCUGGAAGCAGUUCAGCAGAACUCUGACAGCAUCGACCCAGAUUUGCAGACGGGCCUCGGGGUGCUUUACAACCUCAGCGGAGAGUUUAACAAAGCCGUGGAGGCCUUCAACACGGCUUUGUCAGUGCGGCCCGAGGACUACUUGUUGUGGAACCGCCUCGGGGCCACGCUGGCGAAUGGAGAUCGAAGCGAGGAGGCGGUGGAGGCUUACACAAGAGCCCUGGAGCUGCAGCCGGGGUUUAUCCGGUCCCGCUACAACCUGGGCAUCAGCUGUAUUAACCUGGGGGCACACAGAGAGGCGGCCAGCAACUUCCUGACUGCCUUAAGCCUUCAGAGGAAAAGCCGGAGUCGCCAGCAGUCCCACCAGGUGAUGUCUGGAAACAUCUGGGCGGCUUUGAGGAUAGCUUUAUCCAUGAUGGACCAGCCUGAACUCUUCCAGGCUGCAAAUAUCGGCGACUUGGAUCAUCUCAUGCGGGCCUUCAACUUAGACAUUUGACGACCAGGAGGCAGUAAUGCUAACAUCUGCCCCCUCUUCACUUACUAUCUGAUUUCUACCCAACAGCCAAAAGUCCAAAGUGCACAGUCAGAAUGGACUGAUGGACGUCAGAGACAACAGUGUAUUUUUAUGCACGUCCAAAUUAACUACAGUCGUCAAAGCUAUUAUAUUUUUCACCCAAGUACCUCGGAGCAGUUCUGGGGACAGGUUCUUCCAAGGGUUUGAAGGGACUGCUCUGUGUUGGAUUUGCACUGUAAUUUGUGAUUUCCCUGAAGAGCACAAGGACGGGCAAAGAUUGUACGAGCAAUGCCUUAGAGGACACAUCAAUUAAAAACUGACUCAUCCAGCGGAACAGAGCCGGCAGAGACGGACGGUUGUACGAGCCUGAUAGAGCAGACCUCACAGGCCGUUUUCAAAGAAAAGAGAGGAAAAAACAUUUGACUCCUGAAGGAUGGAUUUAGUGAGCAAAUGACAAAGACUGCAGCGUAUAACCUGGAACUCCAAGCUCUGUUCCUGGCUUAUUUUCAUCCUUUCAAUGGGAAAAUAAUGAUACUGCAUGAAUAAGCAUUUUCAUAACUGGAUUCUUGUUUCAAAUUAACAUACUUUUAGAGGUUUUCCCUUUGCACAUCAGAUAAACAGAUAUAACUUCCUCAGUCCGAGUGGAAUGUGCAAGCCUUACUCAAAAGCAUGCGACCAACAAUAUUUAUUUAUACUAUUUUUAUGAAAACAGAAAAAACCCACACUGAGCCAUUUUCAGACUAGUUUCAUUUUCUUAAAUAACUGCUGUCUUUUGAACUUGAAAGCUUUCUGAACCACUAAUUUUUGUUUCGCUCGGUUUUUCUCUCCUUUCUUUUGGCUCCUAGCUCCUCUUUGUUCCCUUUAAGCUGACUGCAGAAACACAGAAAAGCUAUAAAACCUUCAUUAGUCUUUUCAAACUUUAGCAUAUGAAAACGUUAUUCUUAACAAGUCUAAAAAUAUCUCUUUUUAUCUUCUUCUGCUAGUUCUGGGAUGGCUUCAGAGUUACUAAUGACUACUGUACACAUUAUUCAGUCCUUUUUUAUUUUUGCUGACCUGACUCAGUUUGUUUUCUGUUGUCAGUAUCUGCUGACGCCGUCACUGGUGUCUUUGCUGCUCCUCCAAAGACAGCAAGGCUCAUGCAUUUAAUAGUCAUAAUGCAUGAUUUGAAUAUUUACGUAAGCUUGGGCAGAAUGCUGCACAUGUAUGAUGAACGCUGUUCGUUUCACCACACACUUCAAAUCACAUCAGGUUGAUGUUCAAACUCGAGAUGGUUAUGCAUCUGCAGAAAACAUGAUUGUGUAAAUACAGUGACUCUCCUGCUGCAGGACGAAAGCUUUUCCUUAGACAUACUUUUUAGCUGACAGCUUCACUUGCAUCACUGCUGCUAGUUUGAAAGUCACUCUCUGAAGUGAAUACCCUGUACCUCGCUGUGCAACAGAGUAAAUGAUAGAUAAUCUUCUGUACUGCAUAGCUCAGCACAUUCGGGUGUUUAUCAGGCGUGUCCACGGUCUGAGGGUUUUUAUUGUAGCUCCUAUGCAAAAGGUCAUGUUUUAUGUUGCCAUUCUGAAUUGUUGCGGGUCCCCGUCUGCCUCGGCAGACUGAAAGGAAGCGUCAUUUCGGUGUUUGGAAAGAAGACUAUCAGGCAGAACCAGAGACCAGUGUGAGAGCCAUUCAUCUUCCAAACUGUACAGCCGGGGUGUCACGGUCUGUACAAGAAGAAGUGUUUCAUCAGGAAGUUGCCAGAAUGAAAACAAGUGUUCUCCCAGGGAGAAAGUGGUCAGAAGCUCUGACUAAAAGAAAGACUGAUCGACACAAAGAGUGCAGCCUUCUGCUUUUAGAACCAGGUUGCACGGACAUAAAUAAAUAGAUCAAACACUAGACGAGAAGUCAGAGAUACACAGCACAUAUGUGCAUGCCUCUAACAGUCGGCCUCAGAGGGGAGCUAACAGCGACUUUGGCAACGAGGCCAAAGCAGGGGUGCAUGCACAAAUGUUUUCACGGUGGGAGACUGGACGAUGAUAAAAGGUAUCCUUCGCUGGAACAAAUCAGGUUUACAUCCAGGAGUUCAUGUUUGAUUUCUGUUUGAUUAGCAUUAAAUUACUGUGGAAGUCAAAUUUAAGCAUGCUUGUAGCUCCAUACAUGCCAGCGAGGGUCUGUCUGCCAGUUUGGCCCAGACUGAAAGGGGUGGCGUGAAAUUUGCUUCCAGCACGUCUCCCAAAAACAAAAGUGUCACUCGGCUGGCAGAAUGGGUUUAGCCCAAAUAACUGCAAAGUUUGCGACGGCGCCAUGAACCUGCAUCGAGCUACCUUUAGAGCCAUUUGGCUGUCAGCGUUUUAAUAUAAUAAAGCUUGUGGUUAAAUUCGAUAUGGAAGCUCUGCAAUCCCUCACCUGCCUGCUUUCUUGUUCAGCCGCUGUUCUGUUCUUUAGAUCAUUGCCACACUUUCACACCCAGUCAUAAUACUCUCGUUCAAUCACCUUCUUGCCUGCCUUCUUUGAGCCAAUUAGCUUCCACUCUGGUUUAAAUCUGUGCUCUUCAUUGCUCUCCCUUUCAGACUGUCAUUUGCACAACCCACCUCGUCCCCAUCUCUAUUUUCAUGUUCACCACCACCAGCGUCUAGACUCCAGGGGGUCCUGUCCUAAAUCCUAUUCCUGCUGGGACAGGUAAGAUGGGUCACCAGAGUCUGAUCGCCAAAUACAUUCAUUUCUUUGUCUCAACAAAUCAUGUUCAGUUCUUGAUCUCUCCUUAUUGAACACAGGAGAUAUAAUAAUAAUAAUAAUAAUA